AUGCCAGAGACACGCUCAACCGCAGCCAUCGCGGCGCGACGAGCAUCGACUCCGCACGAGCCAUCUGUGUCAACAACAACAAGCAGAGCCGCCAGUAAUGGACCAACGCCAUCUACGCCUUCACACCGCCAGAACGGUCACGCGACUCGCCGCCCUCCUCGAGAAGAUGACUCAGACGACUCACCCAUAGACGACAGAACCGCAGCCGCCUCGUCGACCUAUGUCUCCCCGCGCUACUCGCACAGCGGUCCGUGCUCGCUGACUUCCAUCGCUACGCAAGCUGCGGGGUUGGGCGUCCUAUUAGGUGUGGCUUCGUUGUAUACUAUCCAGUGUAUUGUCUCAUCGUGUGCGUCCUCGACCAGUUGGAGGUUACCCGCCUUCCUGUCAAUUUGUGCAUUGUUUCAUUUCCUGGAGUUCUACGCAACAGCAAGAUGGAAUUCGGGCAUGGCGGACCGAAACAGUUUUCUGAUCGUGGGCAAUGGGAUUGCGCAGCCUUGCGCGUAUGCGGUCGCGAUGGGGGAGUUUGUGCUCAGGGAGAUUUUAUUCAAGGGACGCAGUUGGGUUGACAGCACGAGGUCCUUGGAGUGGGCUGGUGGUCUGUUUGGGCUGCCCAGGGGUGGGACGCGGCUGCUCAUGUUGGUGAGUGGCUUGGUCUUGAUCGUAAUUGGACAGGUGGCAAGAAGUAUGGCUAUGCGAGAAGCAGGCGCGAGUUUCAACCAUCUUGUGCAAUUCUACAAGCGGGAAGACCAUGUCCUCGUUACGAUCGGCAUUUAUCGAUACAUACGGCAUCCGUCGUACUUUGGAUUUUUCUACUGGGCAUUGGGUACACAGCUCUUGCUGGAGAACCCAUUCUCGUUCAUCGCGUAUGCAUUAGUGUUGUGGAAGUUCUUCUCGCAUCGGGUUCGUCAUGAAGAAAAGUAUCUCAUUUCAUUCUUUGGAGAUGAAUACAAGAAAUAUCGGACAGUGACGCCCACUUGGAUUCCAUUUGUAGGGCAAUGA